GGUUAAACUGUUCUACCAAAAAGUUUUUGCUCAAAAUUUGGUUAUACCUUUUGAAGAUUUCAUAUUAUCUUGAGGUGCUACAAUGCCUUCUAUUGAUGGUGAAGAAAGUGCAGAAGAGGAUGUGGAAAGAAGUCCAAAUGAAGACGAGAAUGUCAGUGAAGAAGACGACGACGAUGAUAGCAUGUCGUCUGUAUCUGAAGACUCCUCGUCUGACUCCAUUGAUGAGACUGAGAAUGAGAGAAGRAGAGCAGAAUGUCUUGAUGACAUGGCGGAUUUAGAAAGACAAUUUGUGGAGUUGAAAGAACAGCUUUAUUGUGAAAGAUUAAGUCAAGUAGAAAAAAAGCUAGAUGAAGUGGCAACAGAGCUAGCCAGCGAGUACAAUGGUCCUUUGGCAGAAUUAAAGGAGAUGUGUCAAAUACGUCUUGAAGUGGCUGAUAUUCUCAAACAAUGCAGGCUUGUUAACGUUGAAAAUAAAUAUGAAGCAGAGGAACAAUCAACAGUACAACAUUUUGAGAGUGAAAAGCUAGCACUGAUGGAAGGGAUGAAAGCUGAUCUAGAAGAGAAAAUCAGGAAACUAGAAGAAGACAAACACAACAUAGACAUAUCAGCAGAUGUAUGGCUAGAAUCCCAGUCAAUAUCAAAGAAACAUCGACGUGCUGCUGACGGUGUGUUAUCAUUUGACAAACGCAGAAAACCAGUAACUGUAUCAGGUCCAUACAUUGUAUAUAUGUUGAAGGAAAUGGAUAUACUUGAAGACUGGGCUGCCAUUAGAAAAGCCAAAGGUGCUCUUGCAAGGAGAAAAGCACAAAGAUCAUAUCAAUCAGAAAAGAUUUCAUUCAGUGCACGAUAUGAGGAUGGGAAACUGUAUUAUGAAGGGGAAUGGUUUCAUAAAGGAUGUCAAAUAAAUAUUGAAGGAAAAGAUGGCACAAAUUGCAGUGCAAUGAUAACUGGCAUCAACACAGGAGAGAUCCUAGUGCGCCGUAAUGAUGGGUACAAGACAAACUUAUACAUUGGACAAUUACAAAAAGGAAAAUUCAAGAUCAAGAAGCCUUGAUUGUUUCUUUGUAAUAAUCCACAUUUUGUAUCACCAUAGAAAUUCUGUAAAUAUUCAAUUUAGUACCGAAACAUGAUAUUUGGAUAUGAACCAUGUUCUUAUAGACACUUAUGUCCAGACUUGUCAUGUUUGACAUUAGCUUGUCUCGCCAAACAAAUAAUCUUAUGCCAAAAUUGAGGUUGCAUUUACAUAUAUCCAGGUAUUAAGAUUAUUUACACGCAACCACAGGAAACAAUGACUUCAUCUGGAUAUUUGUGAGACAUAAAAGUUGAAUAAGAUGGUUAUCUGUGAUAGUACACAGUAACAUGGUUUAAAAAAUAUCCAGAUGUAAACUCAGCCUGAAUGGCAUCAAAUAUAUUAUCAUACAAUCACUUAGGAAAUUCCAAAUUUUUCACAAUACAGCCAGUAUUUUUUCAUGCUGGCAUGUUCAACACUAUUCAUAGACACUUUCUUUCAUCCCAGUAUCUUUGUUGUGGAAGCCUUCUUGUUAUGAUAGUUGUAAUAAUUUGUUGAAGAAAAAMAUUAAAAAACGUUUGUUUUUUGAA